UUCCUGUUGGUUUCCUUCACCAAUAUUCAGUUCAGUUUUUUUAUCAAGCCAUUGUUCAACUCCUUCAACAAGACAGUGGUGACCAAAACAACGCAGAGUUUUUUAGAAAGCUUACAUUGUUGGCAAGAAGAAUUUCUUUCAUUGACCAAUUUGAGGCAGGGUUUCUUGAAGGCCUUCAGGCAGAUUAGUAUUAAAACUUCGAUAAUGCACGACCCAGAGAAGCUUCCGGAAGAAUCCCAGAAUGGAGUCAGCUUAUUAUUUGCCUCUGAUGAUGGAAGUGACAGCCCGGUCUCUGGUUCUUCGUCCAGUUCAUUAUCAUCUUGUGUCAACAACAGUGGAUCGCUAGCCUCUUUGUCCAUCGACACAGCCACCCCGACAACACUUUCUUUUCCUUCUUCAUUAUCUUCAUCUACAUCAUCCCUGUCACCCUUGUCAUCGUCCACCUGUUAUACAGGGUCAUCUGCCUCAUCCACCUGCUCAACCUCUUCAUCUUCCUCCGCCUCCUCUUAUAAUCUUGUUCCACCAAUGACCCUAGAGAGCAGCAUGUCACCGACACCACCCUUACCUGAUGUUCCAGCACUGACGGAGCCUCUUAAUACAUUGUUAUUUAAUGGUAACAUAGCCACUGCAGCCGCCGCUGCCGCUGCUGCUGCUGCCACUGCCACUAAUAACGAUCCAAGGACUAUUUGCAACUACAGUACAACUAGCAACAAUAACAACACUGCACUCAGUGCUGCCCAAUUCAACUUGGAUGAGCUGCCGUUUCUAAAGAAAUGCCUAUAUAACUACAACAACAACAACAACAACAACAGCAGCAGCAGCAGCCAACAACAGCAGUUGUCUGCAGACUUGUUGUAUCCAUUGGACUCUAGCUUUGUCACAGACAGCCACAGUUCUGCUGACUGGGAAGAAAGUACUUUCUUAUUGAUGCGCGAACACAUUGAGGGUUGUUUACCGUCCCUCAGUCCGUGUCCAUCUUUGCAACCAAACGUCUAUGAUCUGAUAUGAUUAACCCCCAUCGUUUAUUGGACUAUAAGUAUGGCCACCUUCAUGGUAUCUAACCUUUGUAAUAUUUUGUCUAUUUGUGUGCGAGUUUGUUAAUGAAUCUUAAAGAAAUGAAGUUGAAUUUUGUAUGAAGUCA